UACAUACGGUAAAUACUGUCGAGUUUAUUGACCGCUUGUUAGUGGCAUUGAAUGGAGACUGCCGUGACAGUCGUGUCUGUCAGAUCGAACGGUUCAGCGCAGCAACGCUCUCUCGGGAGAACUCAAGUAUUGACUGAUUGGUGCUGUAGGAUGCUGUCAAAGUAAACGAGUCUCAACAUUAUCUGAUCACCAACACAGCCCGGCAACACGGGAGGAACGAUACACGCGUGAUCCUGGCCAAGACAAGCUUACUAAUCAGGCUAACAGAGUCUUUUUCACCUUUCCAGUUCUGAUCUGAUUGGGAAGAUGACACCGAAAGCACGAUGGCUUUCACCUGAUUCAAGGUAAUGGGUAAUGGUGCUUCGUCCAAAAAUAAAAACACAGCAAAUAGAAAUUCAGGAACAGAGCGUAACCAAGCAACAACACCAAGAAGGGGAGGCAACUUCGAGGAAGUCCAGGUCCGGCAGGCGGACAAUCACGUGACCCAGGACUACCGGGGAACGCCGCCACCGUCGACCAAUCGACAGUCACCAAGUCAUAACAAUAUGGCACAGAGAGAUCAAGGGUCCAACCUGGCCAAUCGAGUGGGGAAACAGAGAACAGAGGCUCACAAGACUUCUCAGAAAGCCUUGGAAAUAAAUGAGAGGAACCCCCAGUUGAAGCUUAUGUUGUCCAACAUGAAGUCAGGGGAAGAUAUAGUGUUCGAGACAUUUGAACAUGAAAGUGGACGAGAGUACCAGUGCCUGUACACAGGAGGGCUAAGGUUCUACCUGGACGACUGGCAUUCCAAGGAAUGGCAGCCGUUCCCUGAGCGUUGGUACAAGCAGGGGAAGCUGACCACCAAUGCUGUAACCAAGGAACACCAGAAUCGGAGAGGUCAAGGUGCCAGUUCGUCAAGGUCUCAGUCUCAACCAGCGAACUCAAACGUACCAAGAAACCGUGACGACAGAGAAGGCGUCAUCAACCACCCACGCCGGGGACAGAUCACCACAUAUAUGUUUACUGAGAAGCAGUACAGUCACUGUUACUAUGACAAGGACUCAGGGUCAUGGGUGAAACUUCCAAUUGGCUGGGAGCUGCACCACGAGCUCAUCAAGAACAUGGUGGACCAAGUGGAGGAGGCGCUCCCUGAGUGGAAGGAUCGUAUGGACAUCUUGGCCUCGCUGCGAGCCCACAACUACAGCGCGGACGAGUGUAUCUCCUCCUACUUCAACCUGGAGGGCGACGACUGGCUGAAGGUCCCCCGAACAUCCAAGGAAGCCAAGCAGCAGGGAGAAAGGGAGGUUCGCUUGGCGGAGCUGGAGAAAAAAGUUAAACAACUGGAAAAGGACUUGAAGGACGAGGAGAAGGGGAGGAAGGAGGCCGAGGAACAGUUGAACAAGCUACAGGAACAGUACAGCACAAUAUCCGCGGAGGCCAAGAUCGCGACUACACAGGUCGAGGCAAUGCAGUCCUCGCGACCCAAGACAGCUCGACCAAAAACACCAAAGACAAGCAGGGGCCCACCACCAGGUAGCUUGGGCAUAUUCAGCGAUGACUUGGAUGAGCUUAACAACAAGGCAAAGAAUCUUCACAAAUCUCAUGUUCACCUCAAGAUGGAUGUGGAGCGCCACUUCGGGACUCUCGGCAAAAUGAUAAAAGAGGCACUGUCAGCGGUGGGUCAGAUAAAGCAGUCCGAGUCUGGCCAGUCGAAGGAGUUAGAGGAAGUACGGGCCCUGUACCAGAGAGAGGCCCUGCAGAGGAAGCUGCUCUACAACCAGCUUCAAGAGCUUCGUGGAAAUAUCCGAGUGUUCUGUCGAGCUAGGAAAGACACACGCACUAAGUGUUGUCUGACAUUCCCAUCUGACCAAGACAUUACGAUCACCAGCAAUGAUGGCUCGAAGAAAACUUUCAGCUUUGACAAGGUGUUCGACCCAGAGACAACCCAGGAGCAUAUAUUUGAAGAAACGAAGGCCAUUGUGAGCUCCUGUGUGGACGGGUACAAUGUGUGUUUGAUGGCGUACGGUCAGACAGGCUCGGGGAAGACGUUCACCAUGAUGGGGCCGGAGAGCAACCCUGGAAUCAACAUCAGAGCUAUCACAGAGCUGUUGAAAGUGUGCAACGAGAGAGAGACAGUAAAAUACACUCUCAAGGUGUCUCUUGUUGAAAUCUACAACGAAACUGUUGUUGACCUGCUGACCUCUGAUGCCAAAACGGUGGACCUGAAAUCAGCCGGUAACAACAUCCGCAUGCCGAACCUGACUGACCAUGAAGUGGCAGAGGUCAAGGACAUCAAGCACGUGAUGUCAAUGGGAGACAAGAACCGAACAACAGCUAGCACCAAGAUGAACUCAACCAGUUCCCGGUCCCACCUGGUCCUCCUGCUGAAUGUAGAGGGGACAGACAACGUCUCCGGAGCCGUAUCCCGAGGCGUCCUCACGUUGUGCGAUCUGGCGGGUUCUGAGAGAAUAUCGAAAACUGAGGCUCAAGGACAGAGAUUGGUGGAGGCAGCUGCCAUUAAUAAGUCGUUAUCAGCUCUUGGGCAGGUGUUCACAGCGCUGAGAUCAAGUCAGCUGCAUGUGCCUUACAGGAACUCAAAGCUCACCCAGAUUCUCCGUCCAUCUCUUGGUGGAGAUGCUAAGGCAUGUUUGUUUGUUAAUGUCAGCCCGGACGGUAACAAUUACCCAGAAUCCUGUAACACUCUAGACUUUGGCGCCAAUGCUCGCCAGGUGGCACUGGGACAGGCCAAACAGAACAUCUCCAAGAAAGGGCCUCAGUAACAGAACAUCAGAACAUGUUCCAAGAUCCCUGUCCUGCGGAUGGAUAAUUGAUUACUUGUCACGACCUUCAAACAGGAUGUAAUAAUACUGUAAUUUUAUCAGUAUUUUUUUUUUUUUUCUGAAAUUAUGUUUUAAGUAACAAUGUCAGCUGAUAAAUGCGUCUGUUGUCUCAUUUUGUCAGUUACAGUUUCUGUGACAUAUGACAGUUAUAUACUGUCAGUCCCAUGUGAUAACAGAUAUAUAACCAUUGGAUAUUCACCUCCUGUGGUAACGGGUAUAUGACAAUAGUUGCAAUUGUGUCACGUGAUAAUUGAUCUGAUACAGUUACUCACUCAAAUAUGUUAGUAUAUAUAUUUUUGAAGUCUAUAUAGUGAUAUUAUUUCACCUUAAUACUGUGAAAACUGUAACCAAACUAUUCAUCCUGUUUCCACGCUUUUUGGAGUUGCUUCCCUUACGUGUGUCAGGAUCUUAUAAUCAUGAUCAAAUCCCUAAUUCUCCCAGAUUAUGUUUGUUGGUUUGUGAGCACCAUUCCCAUACUGAUGGUUUCAGGAAAGUGAUAAAGAACUGAGACCAGCAUCACUUGGACUCUUCUGCUUCAAGCUGACAUACCAUGAUGUAACUGAGACCAUUUUCUGUGACACUAGAAUAAUCUCACUCCCAAAUUAAAAUAUGUUGUACAUGUGUUUCUAUGGAGAUUGAUGGUGAUAUUGUUAUAUUUCCAAAUGUAUGUUCACAAUUCACAUGUAGUCACUUCAGUGUCACAUCUUUAUAUGAAUGAAGUCAUACUUGUAACUGUAUAGCUUUGUCAAUAAGUGCUGUUGACACAACUUCCUUAACAUUACCAGUACUAUGAUAAUUGGCACAGUACAGCGUCAGUAACAACGUACCAAGAUGUUCAGGUUUAUCUACUAUCAUCAGGAAACAUUAUUCAAUGUGUCAUUUCUUAUUUAGUCAUCACAUAUGUCAACUUCUUCAGAGUAAAGGAGGUGGUCGAGUAGCCUAGAAGUUAAGGUGUUUGCUUAUCCCAUCGAAGGUCUAGUUUCAUUCCCAUGCAGGUGCUGUGUUUGGACCCAGUCCUGGAGAUCCCCGCUGUCAUAUUGUAAUGCCUUUUGAAACCAUCCUUACACAAUUUUAUAAAAAGAAUUAUUUUUGUAUUAGUCUGUGACUUGACUUUGUUUGAAUACAAAAGUUGAUGUGAAGUGCAAUUUACUUAAUGUGCCUUCCUUG